UGAAUCUUUUCUUGGUUGAUAUGUCAUUGACUUUUGUAACUUUUGGUUUGUAUUACUUUCGUUCCAUACCUGAGCAUACAAGACAAGCGUGCAAAAGAUGUAUCACUCCUGUAUAUUUGUCUAAGAGAACAAGAUCUAUCACGCUAUUUCAGUCACCACUUCAGACAAGUUGUUGUUUAGGAAAAGAAAAGAAAGAACCGAGUGAAGAAGAGCCUCCGCAAGAAGAACAAAACUCAGAGAGUCCUAAACUGGAUUGGGACAUACUUAAAAAGAGAAUGAGUGAAGUCUCUUCAGGACAAAACAAGGGUCAGUUCCCCCCUGAUGCCACUCCCGUGGUUGGAAGGCCACCUUCAAAUAUAUGGGUGUUGAUUUUUAACCCAAGUACAAACAACCAAGGAAUAUAUAGUCUGAAAAUUAGUGGUGUUGACGUAGUAUUAGCUUUUCAAGAACAAGACGAAGCCAAAAUCUAUGCUGCGUUGUUGGAGGCCCAAGACUUUCCGAAACCAGUUCCGGAAUUGAUAAAAUUUGAAGAAGUUGCAGACUUUUGUAAAAAUAGCGGGUUACGCUUGGGGUUUGUUCCGAGAGGAGCUCUGUUGUCACCUCCACAAACUGACUCGGCAGAAGUUGAAAAGUGGCGAAGAAUGGAAGGAAAAGGUACAAUAUCACCUGAAGAGGAUAAAAGUCAGAUUUCUGACGACAAGUUGGAAGAAAUGAAGAAGAAACUGGAAGACUUGUUUCACCAAGGUCCUUAAACUCCUAAAGUCAAAAAAUAAAAACA